AUGAAGCCCACUCACGCCUAUCUCACCGCUGCCCUCAUCAGCGGAGCUCUAGCCGCCCCAGGCAGCACUCUCGCCCAACGCAUGCGCCACAGAUCACUAGACCACCUAACCCUCCCCCUGCAAGGCGAAGGCUCUGCCACAGACUCAGAAGCCAGGGUAGCGGGCGCCGCCGUCCAAUACAGCAACAACUGGGCCGGGGUAGUACGCGAGCAAGCACCCCCCGAAGGCCCCUACACCGCCGUCUCGGCAACAUUCACAGUCCCCAGCGCGACCGCCGUCGCCAACCAAAACGGAGUCCAAGCAGGUUCCGUCUGGGUUGGCAUCGACGGAGACACCUACGCCGGGGCUAUCCUGCAGGCCGGCGUGGACUUUUACUCCGAUCCUACGCAGCAAAACCACGCCUGGUUCGAAUGGUAUCCGGCCUAUGCGACCAAUUUCCCGAACAUUGAGGUCAACGCAGGCGAUACUAUCGUCUCUACCGUUCGAUCCAAUUCCCCGAGCGAGGGUAUCGCUAUUAUAGAGAAUAAAUCCACCGGUCAGACGGUGUCGCAGACUGUCACUGCUCCUGAGCCGACGGCUACCUUGGCCGGCCAGAAUGCAGAGUGGAUUGUGGAAGACUUCCAGUCGGGCGAUACGAUGGUCGUCUUGGCUAACUUUGGGGAGGUGGAGUUCAGCGGUGCGCAGGCUGAAGCCGGAAAUGCCAAGUUUGGGUUGAAGGGGGGAGAGGUUAUUGAGCUGAAGCAGAACAAUAAGGUGCUUACUCAAACUGAGGUUACGGGGGAUCAGGACAUGACGGUCAAGUUUAUUGGAGCAUGA